AUGGAAUUAUCUAAAAUUGAACCAUUUCUAGAAGGCAAGACUAUUCUCAUUACUGGAGCCACCGGAUUCCUUGCAAAGCUUGUAGUGGAGAAGCUACUUAGAGUUCAACCGAAUGUGAAAAGACUAUUUCUUCUGCUAAGAGCUUCAGACAUCAAACCUGCCAGAAAGCGCUUCAAUGAUGAGAUUUUGCAGGCUGAAUUAUUUAAUGUUCUAAGAGAAAAAAUAGGUGCAAAUAACUUAAAUUCUCUAGUAGAAGAGAAGGUAUUUCCAAUUGCUGGUGAUAUUUCAAUUGAGGAUUUGGGGAUUGAAAACUCAGAGAUGAAAGAUGAGAUGUUAAAAGAAAUUGAUAUUAUCAUACACUCAGCUGCAACUACUAGAUUUGAUGAGAGAUAUGAUAUUGCAAUGAAUAUCAAUGUGCUUGGUGCCUCCAAUGUCCUCAAGUUUGCUAAAAGAUGUGCAAAUGUGAAAAUUCUUGUUCAUGUAUCCACUGCUUAUGUUUGUGGGGAAAGGGAAGGAGAUAUAGUAGAGAAAUCAUUCAAUUUUGGUGACUCCAACAUAGAUAUUGAUGUGGAGAGGAAAGUGAUAGAGGACAAACUUAAGGAACUUGAAGCUCAAAGCUUGACAUCAAAGGAAGUGACAAUGGCCAUGAGAGACCUAGGCCAUCAAAGGGCAACUUUACAUGGAUGGCCAAACACAUAUUCCUUCACAAAAGCAAUGGGAGAGAUGAUGUUAGGACACUUGAAAGAGAAUCUACAACUUGUUAUAGUACGUCCAACUAUUAUCACUAGCACUUAUAAAGAGCCAUUUCCGGGAUGGAUUGAAGGAGUGAAAACAUUGGAUACCUUUAUUUUAGUAUAUGGUAAAGGUAUAUCAAAUGUCUUCCUUGCUGACCCAAACACAAAACCAGACCUGAUUCCAGGUGACAUGGUGGUGAACUCUAUCCUUGCAGCAAUUGUAGCACAUGGAAAUAAUAAAUCAUAUCACAAUCACUUCAUUUAUCACAUUAGUUCAUCUAAAAUAAAUCCCUUGAAAUCUGGUGAUGCCAAACUUUUCAUGUUUCAUUAUUUCACCAAAAAUCCUUGGAUUGGCAAAAACGGAAACAAAAUCAAAGUGAAGGAGAUUACAUUUUUAAGCAGCAUGGAUAGCUUUCAGGCACACAUUUCAAGAUAUUAUUGGCCCUUGUUAAAGGUACUACAAUUGGCAAAUGUAUUGACAUGGUAUUAUCUUAUUGAUGGAACCUACACAAAUUUGAAAAGGAAGAUUGAUAUGGACAUACGUCUAUCUAAACUCUACAAACCUUACUUGAUUUUUCAUGGAAGAUUUGAUGAUUCUAACACUGAAAGGUUGAGAAUGACAAUGAAAGAAUGCAAGAUGGAUGAUGUGCUCAAAUUUGAUCCAAGUUGCAUCAAUUGGGAGGAUUACUUCAUGAAUAUUCACAUCCCUGGUGUUGUUAAGCGAUUAGCCUAACGAUCAUAUGUUUAAGUUGUUGAAGACAUAAUAACGUAAAUUAAACUAUUCUUUUUAUAACAUGAUUUGAACUAGCUAGUUUGGGAUCAUGAAAUAAUUACGCGCUUU